AUGGGUACGCAGCAAGAUGCACCGUGGUUCUGGAACUCAACUACAGCAGCAACCGCAUCAUCGAACACGUCAGAAUCUUCUAAGAAGUUAGGCUCCACGACAACACUUUCUCCUGAAGAAGCAAUUGAAGCUCUUGUCCUCGAUGCUCUUGUGAAUGCUACGAAGAAUGAUUCGGCAGUAAUCACCCCUACUGGUUUUGGCGAUUUUGCUCCAGCUAACGAAACAAGUGGAAGGAAUGCCGCCUACUUGAGGGAACUUUUCUCAGAUACGUUUGCACCAGCAAAUAUCACCAGAGGUCGUAGCUCCAAAGCAAUGAAUCUCGAUUUUCUUGGGAAUGAAAGAGAAGGAAGAAUAAUGAACGAUGAUCCUGGUAAUCGCCGUUUGACUUUGCAGGGUUUCAUCCCCAUUGUGGCUCUUGCUGGUAAAGAAGCUGAAGAAGGAGUGGGAAAAGCUCUGCAAAAGAGCCCUAAGCGCAUCCAGGAAGAAGAUGACUUGUAUUAUCAAGGAGGCCCAUACCCUCCGAUUUCCAUUGACCAAGAAGAACAGACAAAAUCUCAGAACUACUAUAUUCCAUCACCAGAGUCUUCCAAAGUUCAAAGGCAAGGCUACCAGAAGGCCGUUGACGGUAAACAGGACCGGUACGGAAGCAGAAUACAAGACAACAAACAAUCAAACCUUGAUUUUUACAUACCACCAACUAAAGAGCAGGACAAGCAAAAAAUUGGUAUAGUCCUUGAGAAGGAAGCUGUGAGGUAUCUUUCUGAAGAUGAGUACCACAAACGGCCAACUUAUCAAGAUUCUUACCAAACCAAUAAACAACCAGAAUAUCAAUCAAGUAAGCCAAAAGAGUACUACAUUCAAGAUGAAAAGAAAUCCGAAACCCAAAGAGGACAUUUCAUUGUAUCUUCUAAACCAUCGACGGAUGAGGAUGUUGAAUACGCACCAGCUGGACCUUAUCCUCCUCAACCACUGCCAUCGAAGGAUCAGUAUCCAACAAGUGAAACAACAGCGAAACAGUUCAGACCAGGAAGCAAACAGUUUGACCAGGAAGCCAUCUAUGAACUACCAAAUGGAAAUUAUAUCAUCAACAGCGACGGUGGAGAAGACAAGUGUGUCUGUGUACCCUUCUAUUUGUGCAGGAAUGGAUAUUUGACCAACGCCAGAUCUUUAGAGAGGGAUGAUAUUGAUGAGAGGUCAGCUAGAAAAGUAUCUAAGCGAAGUGCUGGUAAUCAAACUGACUCCACCCUCUCAGAAGCUGAAUCCCUUCCACCUUACACUGAAGACAUCAUGGCGAGAAUGAUUGGACUCAACAACGUAAAGGACAGUUGUGGUCUCUUGAGGAGGUGCUGCCGUGUUCCCAGGAGGUCUGCUCCCGGUGGUCUGUUGCCAUUCAGCCCUGACAACUACCCCAUUCCGCAUCCAGAAAUUGACUUGAGCCAGCUCCCACCUGGCAUCCUUCCUCCUGGUCUGCAAGGAAUCAAUAUUCAUCAGAUCCAAGGACACCCACAAGAACAACAAAUUGUGUUAGUUCCCCAAGAAGUACCUCAACCUCAAAGACGUCCCAGGCCACCCAACUACCCACACCCACAACAGCCUUCUUUCCAAAGACCACCGAAGCCAGCUUACCGCCCUCCCCAGCAACAACGACCCGUGAACCCUAACCGUUCCAUUAGGCCCAUAUAUCCACAGAAAAAGCCCGUCCAGUCUCUUCAGCCAGUGUACCAGCCACAGGAAGCAGUGUACCAACCUCAGCCAAGUUAUCACCCCCAACCAAAGCCCGUUUAUCCACCACCUACAUUAAGGCCACCUAAGCCUCUGUACCCUCAUGGGGACUUCACAGAACCACAACCCCAACUGCAGCAAGGUCAGUGUGGAGCAAGAAAUGGAUUGGGAGUCCAUGGACGAGUGAACAAUUUGCAAUAUCAUGAUGAUGCUUCGGAGUUCGGAGAAUAUCCUUGGCAAGCUGCCAUUUUAUUGAAAGUUGGCCCUGGCAAUAAUUUGUUUGUUUGCGGAGGUACUCUCAUUUCGAGCCAGUGGGUUGCAACCGCUGCUCAUUGUUUGAAAAAGCAUAACGCUGACGAGUUGAAAGUUCGUCUUGGAGACUGGGACGUGCACAGAGACGAUGAAUUUUACCCUUACGUUGAAAAGUACGUUGUAGAAGCUGUGGUUCAUCCUGAUUUCUACCCGGGUAACUUGCAAAAUGACUUGGCUCUCUUGAGACUGGAAUCUCCCGUGGACCCCACAUCGCCCCACAUCUCGCCAGCUUGUCUGCCUGAAUUAAACGAAAGAUUCGACAACCUUAGAUGUUGGGUGACUGGAUGGGGAAAGAAUGCUUUUGGUGAACAAGGGGAGUAUCAAAGUGUCUUGAAAGAAGUCGACAUCCCGAUGUUAAGUCACAGGGACUGUGAGCAUAGGUUGAAGCAAACUCGUCUUGGAAGAAGCUAUCAGCUGCAUCCAGGAUUCUUAUGUGCCGGUGGUGAACCAGGAAAAGACGCUUGCACGGGUGACGGAGGCAGCCCAUUGGUUUGUGAUAAAGAUGGUACUUGGAAAGUUGCUGGUUUAGUUUCUUGGGGUAUCGGCUGCGGCCAACCUGGAGUCCCAGGAAUUUACGUCAAUAUUGCCAAGUACAGAAGCUGGAUUGAUACUGUGAUUUACCGAUACGGAUACUACGCAAUGAAAUACUCACCUGCUGUUUUCCUGCUAACAAUAUUUCUGACCGGCCACUUCAUUACCCGUAUCCUUUGCCAGAGCAGAGUUCGUUACAGACCAUCAACUGCUGAAAAAUGUGAUCGUCAAGGUAGAUGUUCGUUGGGAGACGGCUAUAUUGAAGAAAUAGAUGAAAGUUAUAAGAGUGAUAAAGAAAGACCUAGCGAAUUGACAAGGGAUGGUUGGCCCUCAACAGGGGGCGGCAGACCUGGACUUGGAAGCGAGUACAGAUCUGUUUCUGCAGAUAGUUAUGAUUCUAAAGACUCCGAAAGAGGGCAAGAUACGAAGCCUGUCAGUGAGGCAGAUAGCCACGUUUCUAAACCUGUUGUUUCUGGUGGUAAUAGAGAUUACAAUCCAAAACCAGUUGCUGACAGAGAUAGUUCCUCUUUGAAACCUACCCUUAGCAGUAGUGGAAAUAGAGAUUACAAUCCAAAACCAGUCGCUGACAGAGACACUUAUAAUCCUAAGCCUAUAGUUAGUGAUACUAGUGGUAGAGAUUACAAUCCGAAACCAGUUGCUGACAGAGACACUUUCAAUCCGAAGCCUAUAGCUAGUGAUACUGAUGGUAGAGAUUACAAACCAAAACCAGUUGCUGACAGAGACACUUAUAAUCCUAAGCCUAUAGUAAGCGAUACUAGUGGUAGAGAUUACAAUCCAAAACCAGUUGCUGACAGAGACACUUACAAUCCGAAGCCUAUAGCUAGUGAUACUGGCGGUAGAGACUACAAUCCAAAACCUACUGAAGAUAGAGAUGAAUAUAACACGAAUCCCAAAAUAGUGAGUGGUAGUGGAGGAGCUGAAGGAAGUAGGAACUAUAGUCCUGAUAGAGAUAGUUAUGGUUCCAAACCUGUUAUUAGGGGUGACACAAGGGGAAGUUACGAGAGUAAACCAAUUGUUGAUGUUGGCAGAGAAGAUGGAGGAUCCUACAGUGGAAGACCUACCGCUGACAGAAGAGACUACGAUACAAAGCCAGCUGUUGACAGAGGUGAUUAUGAUACAAAACAUCUGACCAGUGGUGGAACUAGGGGGGGAUAUCACAGUAAACCAGUAGCCGAUAGAGAACCUGUUGCAGCAGGAGGCUAUAAUAGGAAACCAAAUGGGGACAGUGGAAACUACGAUUCUAAACCAGCUGCUGUUAGGGGUGAUUAUGAUACGAGACCUGUAAGUAGUGGCGGAUCAAAUGGAGGUUACAACAGCAAGCCAGUCGCUGAUAGGGAAGUUUAUGAUGUGAAACCUGUAAUAAUAAGUGGAGGAAGUGGUUAUAACAGAAAACCUUCAUCAGAUCGUGAUGACUACAAUACAAAACCAAGUAGAGGAAACAUAGAAGAGUAUUUUCCAAAACCACCGGUCGAUGAAGAUUAUAGACCUCCUACAAGGGGUGGAAAUCGUGGAAGCAACAGAAGGCCAUCAGUAAGCAGAGACGAUUACGACCCAGUCCCAAUAAGCCGGGAUAACAUCCGGAGACCUAUUCCCAAACCUGGGAGAGAAGGUGGAAGGGACAGCAGUCGUUACAAGCCUAGGCCAUCUAGUGAUAGAGACGAAUAUUAUCCAAUACCUGAACAUGGAAGCAGAUAUCCAUCAGCUGAUGACUACAUUCCUAAACCAGUUGGUGGUGACACUGAUCGGUAUCGUCGGCCAGAUAGAGGAGAAGAUUUAGGUGGAUAUUACGACACAAAGGAUUAUGAUGACUACGAAGGAUAUGAUGUAAAAGAGGAUGAUUACGAUCGCGGGAUAUCUGCAGUAAAGGAUGGCAAGUGCAUUUGUGUUCCUUACUACCAGUGUUCUGGGGGACGGAUCGUUACGGAUGGCGGAGGCAUUAUUGACGCUCGUAAGCGUCCAGAACCUCAUACGGAGCCGCAAGCAGACGGCAAGCUACCAUCUUGCGGCCCAUUCCAUGUAUGCUGCAAUACACCGGAAACCUCUACAAUGGUGCCCUAUCAGCACAGAUGUGGCGUUCGUAACCCAUUUGGCGUCAACAGUCGUAUAUUGGCUCCUUCCAAUAAAGGAGAAGCUGAUUUUGGCGAAUGGCCGUGGCAAGCGGCAGUAUUGAAAGCGGAAGGAAAAGUCAACAUAUUCCAGUGUGGUGGGGUCCUGAUUGACAAAUACCAUGUGAUCACAGUUGCUCACUGCGUUUUCCACCUGUACCAAUACAACGAGUACCCUCUCAAAGUUCGUCUUGGGGAGUGGGACACGCAGAUGACGACGGAAUUUCUCGCCCAUGCCGAUUACAAGGUGUCCAAGAUCUUGGUUCAUCCCGAGUUUAAGAACACCAGUUUGUGGAACGACAUCGCCAUCUUGAAACUGGAGGAACCCGUACUGUUCGCACCUCACAUAGAUUCCGUGUGUCUGCCACAGUACGAUGAGAUCUUUGCUGGACAGAACUGUGUAGUUACUGGCUGGGGAAAAGAUGCAUACAAGGGUGGAACAUUUUCAAAUGUGAUGAAGGAAGUCGUGCUGCAGGUGACCGACAAUUACAAAUGCGAAGAGAUGCUCAGGAAAACAAGACUGGGGAGAUUCUUCCAACUACACGAAGGAUUCCUCUGUGCAGGAGGCGAAUAUGGGUUGGAUUCUUGCAAGGGUGACGGCGGAGGACCUCUCGUUUGCUAUCGUAAAGACAAGAGCUAUGCAUUAGCUGGCAUUGUGUCCUGGGGUAUUGACUGCGGACAACCUGGUGUGCCUGGAGUGUACGUAAAAAUUCAGAAAUACCUUGACUGGAUCAGUAAAACCACCGGUGUUCCCCUUGACGACUACUGGCCCAAGUACUGAUCUGUAGAUUUCUGUUAAAGCGAAUUCUGCUUAUUUAUGUUAUGAAUUUUGUAUUUGUAUGAGAAUUUGGAGUAAAGCCCACAAGCCUUGCUAAGAGUAUUUUCUAAAUGGUUUCGGCGACAAAGAAAUUGAUCAAAUUUAAGAAUGAGAUGUGUUAUUAAUAGGUAUUCGGAUUGGGUACCAAUCUGGACAUCGGAGCGCCAGAGUUAUUAAGCGAAAGUAUACGAUGUUUUUUUUUUUGCUUACUUUUAUUAUUUUCUAAAGCGUCCAUUAUACCCAAAACUCUUCGUGUUUCGAUUAAUUUUAUUAUCACAGCAAAAAAUAAAUAAAAUUUUCAGUGAUCAAUGCAAAAUAAUUCCGCCUUCAUCAGUAAUACAAGGUUUUUUUUUUCUUCUUUUCUUUUCUUUUUUUUUUUUUUAUUGUUAUAGCAAUGCAGGUAAUUGUUGCUUACAUAUUUUUUUUUUAUUUUGCUCUACUUUUCUUUAAAAUAUUUAUAUUUUGUAAAUUUGUCUCUUUAAGACCUAUGUAGCUUAAAGCCUUCGCGUGAUGCACGAAAAUUGAGAUCAUUUUUAGUCUCAAAGUUGAUCAAAAACGAAUGAGUUCUAAAACAACAAAAUCGCUGUUCUCCAGGAGUAUUGAUAAAUUAAGUGAAGCACAGAGAUGUUAAUUCUGCCUGAUGUUUGCCCUUUUCUGAAAAAAUUUCAGAUGAUUGAUUCCCAAUGUCAUGAGCUGAUGAGGGAAAGAAAAUUUUAACGCAGUGAAACCCCGAUUCAACGUCCCUCGAUUUUACGUUUCCCCCCAUUAAAACUUUUUUUCAUCAGAUCCCUGUUUUCUCGUAGACUAAUGAUGUUAAUUUAACCCAGAUUGUAAGUUUGUUAUUAAUGGAAUUUCCUGUAUACCCCCGAUAAGUAAAACAAAAAAGUUCUUAAAUAAGCAUUUUUUUCCUUUUGUGCUUGUUUUUAAAGCUAAUCCAUGUUGUUGAAAGUUUCCGAUUUCCGAUUCCGAGUCACAACUGACGCAACUGUAUUUAUGUCGAGGACUGCAUACUAAGUGCCUUGCCUCCAUUAUUUUUUAUACCGAUAGAUGGCAGCACCAUCACCGGAUCGAACAGUUAAUGAGAAUUUAGAACUAGUCCAGGAACUAAUAGCUACCUGGUGCUAGCACCCCAGAGGUAUCGUUUCACUUGGAGGACAUUGAGACCACGAGCAUAUUUAACGUCGCCCAGUCCCCUUUAAUGACGACGGUGGAUCUUCGACCAUCGAGGUUCGAACUAAGGACCCUCCGGCCCCGAGUCCGACACUCUAUCGAUCAGGCUACCACGGCCCCUUGUUGAAAGUUAAUCUAUAAAAACAUAAAACUGCAUCCCGCUGACUGCUCUCUUUUAAAACUGAUUUCUUCUUUCUACUUUUUUUUUUGAGGACACAUUUUUGACCUAAACAUUUUAAAACCUUUUGCUUUGUUCAGAAAUGGUAUAAAAUUGCAAAAAGGCUUUCGUUACUCAGUCGCCGUCUGAUGUUAGCAAGGGUUCGGAUCAAAUUAACAAAGUUAAAACAUAGAUGUUAUACCUUUUGAAAGAGUCAUCUUUAUUGACAUUACUUUUCUCCUAUUGGCUUUUUGCUUUCAGUGUAUAUCCCGUAGUUUAAGUAUUCCCGUACUUUACGUUUUUUACUCCAGUCUCUUGUAACGUAAAAUCCGGGUUUCGCUGUAUCUAUUAUUGUGAUGUUAAUUCCAAACUUUUUUUUUUGGUAUUUUAGUGAAUAUAAGCCUGUAAAUAUUUUUCCUUAUUCAAAAGUAGGUUUAAUGUUCAUGAAUUGUUGUUGUUGUUGUUGUAUUGUGCCAUUUAGGCUAGCAAUAUGGGAUGCGCUGCUUCACUUUUCCAACUGUACCGUAAUUUGGUAUGAAGUCCGACUUCCAUAGUACAUAAAUGCCAUAAAGACCCGUUUAUAGGGUAGGCAACCAUUCUCAGCAUAACAACACAUUCAAAUAGAGAAAGCACAUGGACAAGAGAGAGAAAGUACAUCAUGCCAAAACCGGGAUUCAAACCCGGGACCUCCCCAUCAGAGUUAGACUUUUCUGACCACUAGACAGGGCGGGUGACCAAUGUUCAUGAAUACAUGAUGAAAUUUUGUUCUUCAUCAUUAUUUAACUUACUUCACAAAAUCAUUUUUAUGCAAAUGUAUACUCGCAUAUAUCACAUUAUCUUGUUUUGAAAUAAUUACUCAAAAAGUUACUUUUUUCGUAUUAGUCUUUAUUUUAACUAAGCGUUUUAUUAGUAUUUAUUUAAAUUCAGCUUUUUGGGUGACUACGUCAUACUGACAAGUAAUAGUGAAAAAUGUAGAAUGUAUAUUCAAAGCAUAACACAAUGUAAAUACAUUUUUGAAAUAAAUUUUUCUGUCAUGACUUACGAAUUUUUGUUUCAAAUUCUUGUGAAUUGUAAUUUUAACCCUAAAACAGUUUUCUGUAAA